ACUAGAAUUCAGUGUUUAGCCAGCGAGCUAGGUGCAUUAAAGCAGCCUUGGGAUCAUUUGUAACGUUAUAGUUUUCUACAAUGAAACAAUUUCCAUAAGGUCCUACAUAGCUCUAAGGCCAUUUAUUCCUUCAUGCCAGUGGGUUUACGGAUUUCAUGUAACGUUAAAUAUGGAGGUUUUACGUCCAGUCCUUGUAAAUAUUAAUGGAAGGAUAUACAGAAAAAAUGCUGUGAAGGAGGAAUCCUAUGAUGACGAAGAGGAUGAUUAUUCAUAUUAUGGAACAGCAAGUGAUCAAUGCGCGGUGGACGAGCCCUGUGACCUCCAUGCAAUAGAACAAACAGAGAAAGGCUUCCGCUGUGCCAUCGACAUCCCAAGUGUGCUUCACAAAUAUAUCAUUGGGAAGAAAGGAGAGACAAGGAAACGAUUGGAGUCAGAGACAAAGACAUCCAUUAACAUCCCCAAGCAAGGGGUGGAGGGACCAAUAGUGAUCACAGGGGCACAGAAGGCGUCUGUGGCAUCGGCGGUCACGCGUCUUGAGCUCCUCAUCGAGAGCUUUCGGAGGAAGCAGCCUUUCACCCACUUCCUCUCGUUCGCUUUGAACCACCCGAGCAUUCAGGAGAGCUUCCUGAGGUUUAAAGAUGAGGUCUUGGAGCAGUGCUCACAGGAUCCCGGCGUGGAUGCCAGCAUCUUUCAGAACCCUGCCAAGCUGCAUCUGACCGUGGGCACGUUGGCACUGCUCAGUGAGGCAGAAGUGCAACAGGCUUCCGAGCUGCUGAACCAGUGUGAGGAGUUCAUCAGGGAUUUAACAGAGGGAAAGCCCCUCCCGUUGGUUGUAUCUGGUAUAGAGUACAUGAAUGAUGACCCCUCUAUGGUGGAUGUCCUCUACGCCAAAGUUCAAGUCAAGGAUGGCUCUGACACGCUGCAGGUGAUAGCCGACCGGCUGGUGGAGCACUUUGCUUCCUCUGGACUGAUGGUGAAGGAGUGGGACCACGUGAAGCUCCACGGGACCGUCAUGAAUACGCUGUUCAGGAAAGACCCCUCAGCUGAAGACAAGGGCAGUCAUGGAAAACAAAAUACCAAAGACCGCGAAGCAUUUGACGCAAGAAACAUAUUACAGACCUUUGGUGCGUACCAUUUUGGUGAGUUUGAGCUGAACUGCGUGAAGAUAUCCCAGAGGUACUCCUCAGACUGCACUGGUUUCUAUUCCUCGGCCGGGGAGGUCAUGUUCUCCUGAUGCAGCACCACAAAGCCUGGAUUCCCCCAAUGGUAGAAGAGGAUCAAGCUGUAUCACUCCAAGGCCCAGCAGACAGGGUGGGGAUCAAGAAAGACCAAGCUGAAAUCCAUGUUGCAGCGAGAUACAAUUCAGACUGCCUGGUGGGCUACCUGUCACUGACUGUAAGGGCAUUACUCGGAGACUCUCAAACAGCCACAGCUUUCAAGCUUUAAGGUGAUGACCCAAUUUCCCAUCCACAAGUUCAACAAUAAAUAAGUGCUGAAA